AUGCUCGUAAAGACAGUUCUCGUUGCAUUACUCUUGCUUCAGAACGCUAAAGCUGAAGAAAACAGUACAUCGGUAAGCGGCUUUAAAGUCUGACUAAAGUUUUAGAUUAUAGGAUGGCACUAUGAGCACGUCGAAGCGCCAUUUGUCGCCUCCAUUUGGCUUCUUUUGGCCGGAGUAGCAAAGAUUUGUAAGUUCAAGGCCUUAUAUCAUCAUAGUUAAUAAAACCUUUCUAGUGUUCCAUGUAAAUAAAAAAUUUGGAGAUGCCGUCCCAGACUCUGCCCUUCUCAUUGUGGUAGGCCUCGGAUUAGGCCUCUUCUUGAAGGCCAUCACAGUCAGCGAUCAAGUAUUUUACAUGGAUUCAAAGGUCUUCUUCCUCUACCUUCUCCCUCCGAUCAUUUUCGAUGCCGGUUAUUUCAUGCCCAAUCGAUUGCUGUUUGAAAACUUUGGCUCAGUGAUGAUGUUUGCGGUCAUUGGAACAAUCUGGAAUACGAUUACUAUUGGCGGAACAUUGGCCUUACUCUCUUCGACCACCAGUUUAUUUACGGUCAACAUCUCCAUGAUCGAAGCGUUCUUAUUCUCAUCCUUGAUUAGUGCUGUAGAUCCUGUGGCUGUAAUUACAGUCUUCGAGGAGAUCCAUGUCAACGAAUUUUUAUUCAUCAAUGUGUUUGGCGAAGCGCUGUUCAACGAUGGAAUUGCGGCAGUUCUUUUCCAGAUUUUCAACAAAAUGGCUAUAAUUGGCGCAGAUAAUCUGAAGCCAGUCAACUAUGUUGUCUUCAGCGGAUCAUUCUUCGCAGUAGCCCUUGGUGGAGCCUUUAUUGGAGUUUUAUUUGCACUGUUUUGUGCUAUUCUUACACGGUACACUCAAAGAGUCAAGAUCAUUGGCCCUGUCUUUGUCUUUGUACUCCCGUAUCUUGCAUAUCUUGUGGCAGAGAUGACUGGAUUCUCGGCGAUCUUGGCGUAAGAAAGCUUCGAUUUUUUAAUAUUAUUCAAUUCCAGGAUAUGUUGCUGUGGUAUUGUGAUGAAGCAAUACAUCAAAUGCAACAUUACCCAUGAGGCUGCUUCCUCCAUCAAAUAUUUUGUGAAAAUGCUUGCCCAGUCCAGUGAAAUUGUCGUAUUUAUGUUCUUGGGACUCUCGGCAAUAUCAUCGCAAAGUCAAUGGGAUUAUGGGUUCAUUGCAGUGUCCUUGGCGGCUUGCUUAAUCUACCGGACAUUAGGUAAAUAAUUAAAAAUUUUAUUCGUUGUAGAAUGAUGUCAUUGUACAAAGGUUUAUUUUGGCCCAUAAUUGACUCUUAGGACCUCCUAAAUUUCUUGUUGCAUAAACGUUUUGUUGUGUAAGAUUGUUGUACAGCCUCUCCACUGUAAUCUUAUUUUUGCAGGCGUCAUCAUUCAAUGCGCCAUUUUGAAUCGCUACCGCGCAAAGAAGUUCACUUUCGAAGAUCAAUUUGUAAUGUCAUAUGGUGGAUUGAGAGGAGCUAUUGCCUUCGGACUGUUGAGUUCAAUACCAUCAACUGUCGAUCCGGAGAAACGGGCGAUCUUUACAUCAACCACGAUUACAGUGAUCUGCUUUACUGUCUUCUUACAAGGAGCUACAAUCAAGCCAUUGUUGCAUUUGCUGAAAGUGGAGAAACAAAAAGAACACACUGCAACCAUGGUGGAGAAUGUUUAUAAUAAAGUAAGUCAGUUCUAAAUUAUUAUAUUUUUUCACAUAUAAUAUAAUGGUAUAUGUAUAUACUAUACUUUUAUUCCUUACAGUAUUUUGACUUUGCCAUGGCGGGUAUUGAAGAGAUUGCUGGACAAAAAGGAUCUCAUUCAAUCCGCGAUUGGUUCGAACGAAUGAAUGCCCAAUAUCUAAAGCCAUAUCUGACAAAACAACGGGAGGCGAAAGUCUUUGAUGCUUCUCAAAUCAUCAGAGCCUAUCAAAAAAUUACUUUACAUGAGGCCAUGGAAGUCAUCUCUAUUCAAACUGAUGACAAAAAAUCGAAACGUGUUAGAAGUCUGACAGUCGGAGCUCACUCAAGUCAAAAGAGAGAGCGGAAUGACCUUGAUAAUGUAGGUGAUUACUGGUUUUACAUAUCGCUAUAUUACUAACAUCCUUAGUUUCAAAAUAUAUCCUUUCAGUUCCUUACAUCGGAAGAAAACGUUGAGAAAUUGUACUCAAUGUUCAGCACGCUGCUUGAUCGAAAACUCAGCGAAUAUAUGUCGGCACAGAAUAAAAUGCCUCAUUCGCUGACCGGUGAUGAAAACGAUGACAUUAAAGAUGAUUACUUGGCAUCGCUAAACAACCAUCAGAAUCCAUUGAAGAAAAUAAAGUCAAAGAAAAAUCUGGAACAGUCUGAAGUGUAG